AUGGCUACUGGAUAUAGACCACAUGUCUACCAGCCCCAUGGAAAAGGAAGUUCUUCCCUGUUCUGGAAACAGGGCUGGGAACAAGGUCAGAACUGUGGCGGUUUGGUGCAGGGACCGAAUGGCACCAUCGAGAGCCCCGGCUUCCCCCACGGGUACCCAAACUACGCCAACUGCACCUGGAUGGUGAUCGCUGGAGAGCGUAACAGGAUCCAGCUCUCCUUCCACACCUUCGCACUCGAGGAGGACUUCGACAUCCUGUCGGUCUACGAUGGACAGCCGCAGCAAGGGAACCUGAAAGUGAGGUUGUCGGGAUUUCAGCUGCCCUCCUCUAUCGUGAGCACGGGCUCCAUUCUGACGCUGUGGUUCACAACGGACUUUGCCGUCAGUGCCCAGGGUUUCAAAGCCCUGUACGAAGUUUUACCCAGCCAUACCUGCGGGAACCCCGGGGAAAUCCUGAAAGGCGUCCUGCACGGUUCGCGCUUCAACAUAGGAGACAAGAUCCGGUACAGCUGCCUGUCGGGCUACAUCCUGGAGGGUCACGCCACCCUGACCUGCAUCGUCAGCCCUGGGAACGGUGCCUCCUGGGACUUCCCGGCUCCUUUCUGCAGAGCCGAGGGCGCCUGUGGCGGCACCCUGCGUGGGACCAGCAGCUCCAUCUCCAGCCCGCACUUCCCCUCCGAGUACGACAACAAUGCCGACUGCACCUGGACCGUGCUGGCCGAGCCGGGGGACACCAUCGCCCUGGUCUUCACUGACUUCCAGCUGGAGGAAGGGUAUGAUUUCCUGGAGAUCAGCGGCACAGAAGCUCCGUCCAUAUGGCUGACAGGCAUGAACCUCCCUUCCCCAGUGAUCAGCAGCAAGAACUGGCUACGGCUUCACUUCACCUCUGACAGCAACCAUCGGCGGAAGGGCUUCAACGCACAGUUCCAAGUGAAAAAGGCGAUUGAACUGAAGUCGAGAGGAGUCAAGAUGCUACCCAACAAGGACAGCAGCCGUAAGAACUCUGUCUUGGGCCAGGGAGGCGUUGCGCUGGUCUCUGACAUGUGUCCAGACCCUGGGACCCCGGAAAACGGCCGGAGAGCAGGCUCUGACUUCAGUCGGGUCGGCGCAAGCGUACACUUCUCCUGCGAGGACAAUUACGUGCUCCAGGGACCCAAGAGCCUGACCUGCCAGAGAGUCACGGAGACCUUGGCAGCCUGGAGCGACCACCGGCCCACCUGCCGAGCCAGGACGUGCGGCUCGAAUCUGCGGGGGCCCAGUGGUGUCAUCACCUCACCCAACUACCCGGUUCAGUACGAAGACAACGCGCACUGCGUGUGGGUCAUUACAGCCUCGGACCCGGACAAGGUCAUCAAACUUGCCUUCGAAGAGUUCGAGCUGGAAAGAGGCUACGACACUCUGACGGUCGGUGAUGCGGGGAAAGUGGGGGACACCCGCUCGGUCUUGUACGUCCUCACGGGGUCCAGAGUUCCUGAUCUCAUCGUGAGCAUGAGCAACCAAAUGUGGCUGCACCUGCAGUCCGACGACAGCAUCGGCUCACCGGGGUUCAAAGCCGUGUACCAAGAAAUUGAGAAGGGGGGCUGUGGGGACCCCGGCAUUCCGGCCUACGGGAAGCGGACGGGCAGCAGCUUCCUGCAUGGGAACACACUGUCCUUCGAGUGCCAGGCAGCCUUCGAGCUGGUCGGGGAGAGGGUCAUCACCUGCCAGCAGAACAACCAGUGGUCGGGCAACAAGCCGAGCUGCGUGUUCUCGUGUUUCUUCAACUUCACGGCCUCCUCUGGGAUUAUCCUGUCCCCGAACUACCCGGAGGAGUACGGAAACAACAUGAACUGCGUCUGGUUGAUUAUCUCGGAGCCCGGGAGCAGAAUCCACCUCAUCUUCAAUGAUUUCGAUGUGGAGCCUCAGUUUGACUUCCUGGCCGUCAAAGAUGACGGGCUCUCUGAUAUCACUGUCCUUGGCACAUUUUCGGGCAACGAAGUGCCUGCCCAGCUGGCCAGCAGCGGGCACGUGGUGCGCUUGGAGUUUCAGUCCGACCACUCCACCACCGGCCGAGGGUUCAACAUCACCUACACCACAUUUGGUCAGAACGAGUGCCACGAUCCCGGCAUUCCUGUGAAUGGGCAGCGAUUUGGAGACCGGUUUCUGCUGGGGAGCUCCGUGUCCUUCCACUGCGAGGAUGGCUUUGUGAAGACCCAGGGAUCCGAGUCCAUCACCUGCAUCCUGCAGGACGGGAAUGUGGUGUGGAGCUCCACGGUGCCGCGCUGUGAGGCUCCGUGUGGAGGACACCUGACAGCGUCCAGUGGAGUCAUUCUGCCCCCUGGGUGGCCUGGGUAUUACAAAGAUUCCUUAAGUUGUGAGUGGAUCAUCGAAGCAAAACCAGGACAUUCCAUCAAGAUAACAUUCGAUAGAUUCCAGACGGAAGUCAAUUACGACACGCUGGAGGUGCGGGAUGGGGCGGCCAGCUCCUCUCCGCUGAUCGGAGAGUACCACGGCACUCAGGCACCGCAGUUCCUCAUCAGCACCGGCAACUUCAUGUUCCUGCUCUUCACCACCGACAGCAGCCGGUCCAACGUGGGCUUCCUCAUCCACUAUGAGAGCGUGACCCUGGAGUCCGACUCCUGCCUGGACCCCGGCAUCCCCGUGAACGGCCGUCGGCAGGGCAGCGACUUCGGCAUCGGCGCCACGGUGACCUUCGGCUGUGAGCCGGGGUACACGCUGAGCGACGACGAGCCCCUGCUGUGCGAGCAGAGCCACCAGUGGAGCCACGCCCUGCCCAGCUGCGACGCUCUGUGCGGCGGCUACAUCCACGGGAAGAGCGGGACCGUCCUUUCUCCUGGAUUUCCAGACUUCUACCCAAACUCCCUCAACUGCACGUGGACCAUUGAAGUCUCUCAUGGAAAGGGAGUGCAGAUGGUCUUCCACACCUUCCACCUGGAGAGCUCCCACGACUACUUGCUCAUCACAGAGGACGGGAGCUUCUCCGCACCCGUGGCCAGGCUCACUGGCUCCGUCCUACCGCACACCAUCAAGGCGGGGUUGUUUGGGAACUUCACAGCCCAGCUUCGGUUCAUCUCAGACUUCUCCAUCUCCUACGAGGGGUUCAACAUCACGUUUUCAGAGUACGACCUGGAGCCCUGCGACGACCCCGGCGUCCCCGCCUUCAGCCGCAGGAUCGGCUUCCACUUCGGCGUGGGCGACGCACUGACCUUCUCCUGCUUCCCCGGGUACCGCUUGGAAGGGGCCACCAGGCUGACCUGCCUGGGCGGGGGCCGCCGUGUGUGGAGCGCACCUCUGCCAAGGUGUGUGGCUGAAUGUGGAGCACGUGUCCGAGGAAACGAAGGAACAUUACUGUCUCCAAAUUUCCCAUCCAAUUACGAUAACAACCACGAGUGCAUCUAUAAGAUAGAGACAGACGCCGGCCAGGGCAUCCGCCUCAGCGCGCACAGCUUCCAGCUGUCCGAAGGGGACGUGCUCAAGGUUUAUGACGGAAAAGACAGCUCAUCCCGCCUGCUGGGAGCCUUCACGAAGACCGAGCUGCUGGGGCAGGUUCUCACCAGCACCUCCAACCACCUGUGGCUGGAGUUCAACACCAAUGGCUCAGACACGGCCCAGGGCUUCCAGCUCACCUACACCAGCUUCGACCUGGUGAAGUGUGAGGACCCCGGGCUGCCCAGCUACGGGUACAAGGUGCGCGACGGGGGCCACUUCGCGGACACGGAGGUGGAGUUCAGCUGCAGCCCCGGCUACGCCAUGCACGGGAGCGGCACGCUCACCUGCCUCAGCGGGGACCGCCGCGUCUGGGACCAGCCGCUGCCGUCCUGCGUGGCUGAGUGCGGAGGCCGCGUGCACGCAGGACCGUCGGGCCGCAUCCUGUCCCCUGGGUACCCGGCGCCCUACGACAACAACCUGCGCUGCACCUGGGUGCUGGAGGCCGCCCCGGGCCGCACCAUCAGCCUGCACUUCAUCGUGUUCGACACGGAGACUGCGCACGACACGCUGGCGGUGUGGGACGGGCCCGAGGACAGCACGCUGCUGCUGCGGGAGUGGAGCGGCUCCGCGCUGCCUGAGGACGUGCACAGCACCUUCCACGCGCUCACGCUGCGCUUCCACAGCGACUUCUUCAUCAGCAAGUCCGGCUUCUCCAUCCAGUACUCCA